UUUUUUCUAAAAAAAAAAAAUCACUCUUAAUCAAUAAUGCCAAAUAAUAACAUUGAUGAACCAGUUCACACAGUUCUUCAAGAUUAUGAUCUUUUAGAUGCAAGUUGUCAAAUCAACUCACUUUAUGUGGUAUAUUAAACCAGUUUAUAAUAGAUUGCUGUCAUUCAAGAUCAAUACUCAAUUAACAUGUCAUCUAACUUACUUUGGCGUAUGAAUUUAUGUGCUGCAAGUGAUGAGAUUCCUUGUACUUUUUUCAUUGCCAUGAAUUAUAAAGUCCAUGUUUAUACAUUAGAUACAAUGAGUUCACCUUUUAAAGAACCAACUAAAGUACUUGCUAGUCCAAAUGCUCUUAAUACAAAUGGUGGAUCAGAAUCGCCUUUUAUAAUCAACGCUAUUAAAGUUGGUAGAAUGCUUGAAAAGGAAAUUCUUGUGACAGUUUCAGAAAUUGGUGAAGUAUGUAUAUGGAAAACAGAACAUUUGGAUGAACCACCUAUGAUUUUAAAUAAUGGUAUUGCAACUUGGGGCAUUGCUAUUCAUGGUGAUCAAGGAUUGUUAGCUGUCUCUGCAAACAACUGGAAAAUAACGAUAUUCAAUCUCUUAGAAAUGACUAAAAAUAAUCCAAUUUUCGGUAAAAAAACAAGACAAGUGCCAAGUUAUCUAGAUUCAAUUGAACGAGUCGAAUUAGAAGGUCAUGAACAUAAUAUUCCAAAUAUAGAUUUUAAUGAAUCAGGAAGAUAUAUUGCAAGCGCCUCUAUCGAUAUGACUUGUAGAGUAUGGGAUAUCACAACGCAAAAGGUAGUUACCUUAAAAAAGUCACCACCAAGGGAUUUAGAGCAAAAUGCUUGGUGUUGGUCAGCCAAGUUUAUUAAGCCAGGUAACUUUAAAUAUGCCGUCUGUCAUGAUAAACGAAUCAAUAAGGAGUUUUUGAAGAGAUACAAUCGGGGAUGCUCAACCUCUUUGUCUAAUUUGGGAUUAUGUCAUUCAGCCAAUAUACCAGCUUUUCCUAUGAAUAUCUCUCGUAUCUUUGACGAUGAAAAUAUUGAUUUUGAAAUUUAUGAAGGAGAAGGAGAAAAUGAAGAAGAAGAAGAAGGAGAGUUGGAUGAUAGUUUAUGGGAUAAUGCUUUACUAGAACAAGAGGAGGAAUGGAUGCAAGAAAUUUUUGACAGACAGCAACAAGAGAAUGAAUACAUCUUGAGUAGACCUUCCUCAUUAGAACAAACAUCAAAUAAUGAAAGUAAUAGAACUGCAUCUAAUAGAAGAAUUGUGAGAACACAAGAAGAAUGGGAAGCUACUUUAGUAGAUACUGAAGAAGGAUGGGGAUCCUCUGAUGUGACAGAGGAUGAAGAUGCAUCAUCUAAUAGUCGACAUAUGAUGGAGAUGGAGCUUUUAAGAAAUAUUUUACAAGAAAGGAUGAGUACAAGAUCAAAUAGUAGUUCAAGUAUUCCUUCUAGUCAUGAUAUUAUUUCUGAAGAAACGACAAUACCAUCCAAUUGUAUACCAAAUAUCAUUAAAAGUACAACAAAGAGUAGUCUAAUAAAUAAGCCAUUAAAACAGAGUGAAGAGACAGAAACAAGAAGAAGGAAUCAUACAGACUUGGGUGAAUAUUUGAUAAUGACGACGAGUAAAGAUAUUAUCUUAACAAGCACAUCUGUACCAAGAAUGAAUGAAAUAAGAGCAGAACAUAAUAUGAUUAAUAAAGUAGAUAUACGAACUGAUCAAUUAUUAAGAGUAUUAGACCGUAUAAAUAUGAUUGAAUGGUUACCAGAAUUAGAAUUAUUAGUUGUAGCAAGUCAAAAAGGCACAGUAGCACUAACGCGUAUAAUACAAGUUGAAUUUGAAAAUGGUCAUCAAGCUUGUUACUUUAAUAAUGAAUUUUAUUUACCAACAAGCAUACUUCAAUCUACACCACUUUAUGGCAUGACAGUUAAAAAAGUUAAAAAUGAACGAUUUUCACCAAUUUCAUAUCAAAUCUUUUUAUUCUAUUUUAAUGGAAAUGUACUUGGAUAUACAAUUACUCGUAAAGACUCGUCAAGCAUUUCGAUUGAUAAUCUAUUUUUAUAAUAUUUGUAUUUGAACAAUGUAGGCUAUAUUAUUAUUAUUUGUUUGCUUGUUUGCAUGUUUGCUUGCCUGCUUGCUUGCCAUUUUCUUAAUAAAGUCUUUACAAGAACGAGAUAACUUCUCAACUACUUUUCUCUUGUUUAAAAAAAAUACUUAGUACUGUACUCUUUUAUCUAAAGUAUGUUAAUACAAAGUAAUAACAUAAUAAAUAGAUGGAAUAAAGACAAAAAUACAAUGAAUG